AUGGGGGACGAUUCAUCAGAGGGAUCUUCGAGCUCAUCUAGCGAUGAUACGAACCAUAGCGAUGAUACAAACCAUACGGUUCUUGCUCCGCCUCCUCGUAAUUGUCCUAUUACGGCAAGACAACAACGUUCAUUUAUAUCAAAUUUAUUUUAA